AAUUACAAUUUGAAUUUUGGUUCGGACAUUAUUCACAAUUCGGAAGGGUAAGGUAAUAUAUACAAAUCCCCAUAAGGCGUGAACACAGCUUAACCCCAGACGAUGCACUGACAGCGGAUCGGGUAAACCCGCCUCCCACUGUCAUUCAAGCCGAGAGCCCCGCUUCCAAUAAAACAAAUACCCACUAAAGGGAUGAAUAGCCGAAACAUAAUCCCUGACCUGCACGUCAAAUUUGGAGAGAAGACCUGGAACGAGACCUUCCUGCUUGUUCGCAGAUGCAUGUUCACCAUUUAUGUGCAAGUGCUUUCCACGUUACCUCAUCAUAUUACAACCAUGUCUUAAUAUACCACACAUCAGAAUCCUGCCGUCCUUACAACAAUCAGGACAGUUACCCAACAUCAAACCCUUUCCACCUUCAAACGCAAAGGAAAAAGUGAGGGAUAAGACUAAACCUUGUGAGCCGUUGGUUCGAUGUCUUGAGAAAUUCAGAGCUCUCAAUGUGUUCUCACUCAAUGCCAUGAUGUCCCAUCUUGAGAAGAUAGCCCAACAACGAGGGAUGGGCUUCCACUUCUCUGAGGCCACAUGCUACCUGACAGCAGACCUCUUCUACCUGGAGGUGGCGCUGUCCCUCCAGGGGGGGGUUCAGGACGUCAAGGUGGCCCCCCACGGACAGCCCCCCAUGUCCAAUGAAUCCCUGUUGGUGCUCUUGAGGUCAAAGAAUUUUGUGGCGUUUUCCAAGAAGUUGGAGGGCUUUGCUGCUCUCUACAACGUACCUGGGAAUGAAAGUGAAGACAAAAUAAAGUUGUUCACGUCGCUACAGUACCUGGGAAAGGAUCUGCUGAAGAUUUCUCGGUUACCAAGACACAUCAAGGAUUAUAACACCAGAGUGGACACGAUACUUAACGGCAAGACUGGGUAUCUAACUGAAGGAAAGGAAGAUUGCCCUCUGACCAUCCAGUUCUACGUCAGUCCCUCCGAUGUGCUCAAAGCUUCAAGUUCAAAUGUUUGGGACAUGGAGGAGGUAGGCCAGGUGGGCCAGGUGAUGGUAGGUCUCAGUGAUGUGGUCCAUGUUCUGCAGAUGGCUUCCCUGCUUCCAGUUCCCCCACAGCUUGAUACACAGGGUAAUCCAGUGUUUAUGCCAUUGAGUGAAAUACCCAGCGAGAGUUUCCCAGCAUGCUUUGUGCUUAGGUUACACCCACCCCUGCCCAUGUUCUCCUCCUUUCUGACCAAGAUCGGCAAAAUGACAGAAGUGGCAGUACCAGAUGUUGACCUACAGUGGGCGCCAUUUCAUACAAUUCUGAUGAAAGGUUUGAGCGACUCCAGUAGUGGUGACGAGGCAUUGGACCAGGCGGACCGAGAAUUUAAAGUGUCUCUUCCCGGGGACCUCCAGCACCGCUACGUGCUCCCAGCCGCUGCGUGGGCGCUGCCCGCCCUGAGGGGCACCGUGGUGGGCAGCCUCCCCUUCUCUCGACCCGGCCACGUCCCCGACCUGCUGGAGGUCCUUCGCCACCAGUGUGCCAUCAACACCCUGUUGGCCAGCUGCCUCGCCCCCCAGACGGCUGGUCCGCGCGGCUCAGGAGUGGACCUGGUGUUUGAGAUCCUCAUGCAGUCGGAGACCAGCCUGGCCGUGACCUUCCAGAGACCAGACGUUGACUCUCUCGCUAUCCUGGUGGUGGAGAUCCCGCUCUCUGGUGAACUGAGCUGUAGUCUGUUCACCGCCGGGACCAGAGAGGUCUCCCUGGAAGAGUACACCUGCAGGGUCAUCAACAGGUGCAUGUCCAUCCCAGUGACCAUGAGGGCGCUCUGUGCUAAGCUGGAGAAGAUCUCCUCCUCCUCCUCCUCCUCCUCAUCGGUCCCUCCUCCCCCGGACCCCCUCCACACCCAGACAGGAGGUGACGGUGUCACUCCGUGUCCUACCCCAUCCUCCUCCGAGACCCUCCUCGCGUCCUUGCCGCCGUACUACAAUUCCCACAAUGCAUUGGCACCAGAGGACGAGCAUCCGGUGUACGGGUCAGACUAUUUCACGGGUGCGACCUCCACACCGGAGCAGGUGAUUGAGGUUCCCAUGACAACGUCACCCUGCGACGCGAGCGAUGUACCCAUGGGCGAGUACUCCAAUUGGAUGAGCACUGACUGCCCAAUAGCAGAGCUCAUGUAACAUAGCGUUGUGCUACGUUGGCUAACUAGGCACUCAUUAAGAAUGAUCAUCUGCAUAAAUCUGCAUAUUUAAAUACCCCUAUAUUGAGGCAAACCUACAUUAUUUUUUUAUGAUGUUUGCAUUAUGGACCGUGAUAGAUCCAAACUACUUUUGACAUCACAAUUUGAAGAGCUACUUUCUUUCUUGAUUGAUUGUCUUUUUGUUUCUGUGUUUUUUUCUCUUGUUUAAAUUAAUAAAAUAUUAAUUUUGUCUUA